CCCCUUGAGUCACCUGAUGACAGGGUCGGCCGUUGUAUAAAGGGCAUUCUGGGUUUUUAUCUCAUGCACUUGAGCUCUAACAUGGCUAAAGCAGUGAUUUGUAUGCUUCUUGCAUCUCUCCUCGCCUGCUAUAGAACUGCACCAGUGGCUUUUCAUGGUGGUUCCGAUGCUCUCUGCCCUCUCACAGUAAAGAUCCUGGAUGCUGUGAAAGGGACUCCUGCUGGAAAUAUAGUUCUGGAUAUCUAUCGCAAAGAUCAAGGUGGGGCGUGGGAAAAGAUUGCCAGUGGGAAAGUGGACAUGAGCGGAGAAGUGCACAACUUGAUCAGCGAGGAGGAGUUCACUCCAGGCUUGUAUCGGGUGGAGUUUGACACUAAAGCCUACUGGAAGGCGGAGGGCCGUACACCUUUUCACCAGGUGGCCGAUGUGGUGUUUGAGGCUCACGCUGAGGGGCAUCGUCAUUACACUUUGGCUCUUCUGCUGAGCCCCUUCUCGUACACCACAACAGCUGUGGUCGUCAAAGCACACGAGUGACAGCACACAACCACCUACAGAGAACUUACUUUACAUCCAGGGUCCAACUUAAAGUAUUUGCCACACCUUGCUAUGCCAGUUUGAUUGAUAAAAGUGCUCGUCAAAAGUUUGGAAAUAUUAUCCCCUGGCUUACAGACAAGGCUUAAGCUGGUCUGAGAUGCAUGCUUGAGUUGUCUGGCUCUGACAUAUCUUAAGAUGUGUCAGCGUCGCUGUUCUGUUCUGUGUCAAGAUGCAAACCUGUAACGUUUUCUUGUUGUAAAAGUUGCUUAAAUAUUUUCUUUUAACUAAGGUCUAGUCCUAUAUAUAUAUAUAUAUAUAUAUAAUGUCAUGCAUUAUAAUAGUAGUAUUAACGCAUUAAUUAUGGCUUGUGUUGUAUGAUCUCAUGAAUAAACAUUAUGACUGUGUACAUAA